AAGGGUUGGAGAGGAUCUCUAGAUGACUUAAGUGAAGUGCAGAUGGUGGUAGUGUGUCAUAAUGACAUCAGUAUGAUCCCCGAAGAGGAAAGAGCUGAUUUUGAUAAUAAUGGCUGUCUACUCUUGGGAGCUAGAGGCACAUGGGAGAUGGCCAUUAGGUGGCAUGUAUAUAGAACCACAUGAAAACUAAAAUGUGGAAAUAAACGAGGUCUUGCCUGUGAAUCCAGAGUUUCUGGUUGUCACUUACAAGGAGGGUGAACAAGUGCAGUCAGUGACACAUCAGUGAUCCUGGUCAUCAGGACAGGAAGUGAGUGUGACAGUGAAUGUGCAAGUGUUGGAACUUUUGACCUGCUCUUGACGUCUUGACUACUGGAGAACAAAAGAGAGGUGUUACUGAUUAUAGAAUUCUGCAUGGAACUAAAAUGACUUUGAAACCUUUCUUAUGGGGGCAGAAGUCUUCAGUUAUUGGCUUCUAAAUGGGUAAGUUGAAAUAUGGGACAAGAGUCUCUAGUUCAUAAUUUUCACAUAAAAUAGUUAAUUUCCUAUAAAAUAAAUUAUGAAACAAUCAUAUUUUGGGUGUUUGAUGAGAAGACAUAGAUCAGGGAGUCACACUCAGAGCAGUAAGAAUAACAGGAAUUUAGCAAAGUAGACCUGCUGAUAACAAAAUAAAGGUGGAACCUACAUCAGCUUCUUUGAGGAAGUGACAUCUGUGAACCACUUAUUAAUGCACAAGCACCUUCCUUUUGGGGGAUUUUCUUACACUAUCUCCCUUUCUAAUGACUUUUCGGAGUCACCUUCCUUGCAUCAAGAAGUUCCUGUGUCCCUUAAAUCAACUACAGACAUCCACUCUGUGGCCUCCAUAAGUCUCUUUUGUCUUUCAGAGAAUCUAAAAUGUCCUUAAGAACAGAAUGUCCCUUCCCUCCAGGUCAUCUUCUCCAAAAUCAAUCAGCAGGAUCCUUCCAGAGCAAACCAGUCAUGGCCGACUGCAGAGAUCCUGAACAUUGGAAAUGCCCCUUUCUCAUGUAACUUUAAAGGUUAUAUACAAUGAAAUUCUGUUCUUCUGGUAUCUCAUUCACUGUCACUCUUUUUGCUUCUUGAAUGUUCUCAUCCCUGUAGUGUGUGCGCACGCGAGUAUUUGUGUGUGUCUGUGUGUUCUCUGUGUGUGUGUCUGUGUGUGUGUCUGUGUAAGUGUGUGUCUGUGUAUGUGUGUGUGUGUGUUAAUGUUGUUGGGCACUCUAUUAAAUUAAGAGCAACUUCUCACCAGUUGACAUUAUUUCACACACCUAGUAAACGUUCAAGAAAUAUUUGCUUUGAUGAACAUGUGUGAAAGAAUAAUUCUGGGUGGAGAGGAAAAGCAAAUGGUUAUUGGCCAAGUGAAGAGACAACAGUAAAUUAAAAACUCCACUGGCAUAGAGUUUCUAACUUAUUACAUCUUUUCAGUAUAUGGUAAAAUUUUAUGUAAUGAAAAAGAUUAAAGUAGAAUAAUUACACUUCCACUUAACACUCAAUCUCAGGAGACAUCCAGGUGUUAUACGUGUGGUGAGAGUUUUUCUUUGUACAAUUCCAAUCCAAAUGCAUGUUUGGAAAAACAACAACAGUAAAAACAGUGGCUAUUUUCUCACAGCUGACCUUCAAAAAAUAUCUGAAUAGACAAAUGUUUUCCAGAGUACAAUAUUAUCCAAAAGCCGUUUUCCCCUUUCCUCUUACUAAACCACUUAAUUUGAGAAUGCUCAUGUUACUGAACUCUAUUCAGUUUUUAAAAAUCAAUCACUCGCACGCUGACUAUUUUUAAGUGAAUCUGACACUUUGCAGGAUCCCGUAAAUAAACAAAACGUGCACAGCUUUGCUUAUGUCGGGAACCUUCUGUUAAGUGUUGCUUCUAUUUAUUUACUUUUAAAUUAUGCCAGAUUUUUGCAAAUUUGAGUCAGUUUGGGGAUCAACUUGAACAUUUAAAGACUGGCUAUUUACUUUGCUUAUGAUACUUUGUAAUUACGUCAGGGCAUGAGACUUGAGGGCUGGCUGGCAGAAGGCAUUAUGGGGAAAUGUUUAAAAUGGACCAAAACAUAGAUCUAGCAUACUAUGCUAUGUUGCUAAAAAUUUCAUGAUUUCUCUUAAACCUAAUUUCCUUCAAUUUUUAUAUUCUUUUUGCUUUUCUCAUUGCACUCAGAGAACUUUAGCUCAUAUCCUGCUGUCAGUAGAGCAUGAGACUCUUUAUCUCAGGGUCAUGUGUUCGAGACCCACGUUGGGUGCCAUCUGUUGUUGUAAAAUAUAAAAAUAAAAAAAGUAUAGGUUGUCUUUUAUCCCUGCUAGGUCCGGCACCGUGGUGCCCGAAGAUAUCUGUUGGAUAUCUUAAUUCUCAGUCAGCAAAGCGUCUCACCUGCUCUGCUCCAUCCCCUAUCACACUACUGAAGGCCUCUUUCUGAGCUGUCAGCAAUCUCUCUGACUAUCUAGUUCUCAAGAUGUUUCCAUGCCAGAAACACACAUCCCAACUCCAUGGUGGCCCAGACCAGCCGCCCCACACUCCAUUACACUUAAAUCUACACAUGAAAGAACACACAACACAAUAACCUUAGAUCCAAUAGAUAAGAUAUAAUUGCCCACCUAAACAUACAAUGUUGGUGCCAUCCAUCCCUUAAGAACAUUGAAAAUAACCUGUAAAUACACAGAGUGGGAUCUUAAUGUCAUCUGCCAUAUUGUCCUGCUACUGCUUCUCUCUCUCUCUCCCUCCUUACUCUUCUCCUUUUUAGUUCCAGUCUCCUCCUCUUCCUUCAAACUUCUCUCCUGCUCAUUCUUCCUUCUCCUCCAAUGACAGGCCUCCUUCUCCUGUACCUGCCCCUCACCAGUAUUUUACAAAUUCAAUGGGGAGAAGGUUCUGGUGAAGUCACCUGAUUCCUGAGUCCUGAGUAUGCAGCUGUCCUUGGGGCAGUGGAAUUAGCAUCGAAAUACAGAUAACUCCAGGGCAAACCACAACAUAUCCCUAAUACUUCUGACACUCAGCUAGUCAGUCCAUGAUUUGGAUUGCACAGUAUAAAAGGUCUUGUGGUCAUGAAUGGGAGAUGGGACUCAAUAAAGUUAUUGGAGAAAUCGAAACUUCCCAGAAAGCCAUGCUAUUCCAAAAUAAUCCUUGUUUAUAGGAAUUGAUAAGUGAUAUUAUAAUUUACUAAUUUUCUCAAAUAAAGAACUGACCCCUACUAUUAACACAAAGUAACUGCCUCUUGCGGAAAAUUUGACAUGAUUUGUGAGGCCCAGGCCUGGGUAACCUUUCUAAGGUAGUAGAAAUCAAAUGACAGAUGAACUACAUGAGGCAGCUAACAAUGAUAUUUAUCUAACCAACAACAGUGUGUCUCCUAGAGUCUCCUUGGACCCUCAUAGAAACACGGUUUCUAUCCUCCACGCUGUCCCCUUCUCUAGGAGGACCUCAUCUUUCAUCCUGCAAAUGACACUUGUUUGGAAGACAAUGUCAGUCUCAUUGUCUCAGAGUGGCUGGCUUACAUGUGUCCACGUGAUCUAAUUUUAACUCAGAGGAAUUGGCAGUAGUGCUUCUGGGCAAGUUUUUCCACACUAACUAUUUAGACACAUAGCAAAGCCUUUCUCUUUCCCUGAAUGUGAUGCCUGAACCUAGUGCCAGUGGAGUGUGAGGGAAACAGUCUGUGAGAGGAGCCGAGGUCAUAGGGUGGCUCAGUAAGACACAGGAAGAAUCAUGUCAUCCAUGACGUUGGAAAGCCAUGGCUAUCUCUUGCCUGAAUCCAGUUCUACUCUGAACUCAUAAUUUCACCCAGUUAGAGUAACUGUUUUGCCAUGGAUUCAACAUCAUUCUGAUAGCCUUCUGUCUGAGGUCAAAGAAUACAUUUGCUAAAGUACUUUCACAUCUGGACUGGACGUCAGCCUCCAAUGCUCUACCCAGCCAGGCAAUGCUAUGUUGUGAGCAGUCAGUACAAAUGGGCACAGACUGAGUUCAGGAUUCCAGUGUUUAUAUGGACAGGUGUUGGAUAAUAAAAUAUACCAAAAAUACUGGAAAACUUAAGGCUCCAUCCCCAGAAGUGGUACCAGCUCCACCACCGGGAAUUGAUUAAACAAAUCUCCCGACAUUUGAAGGAAAAUUAAUAUUUCAUUCAGUUUGUCUAACUCCGUGGACCCAAAUAAAAGAUGUUUUUGGGGGCUACCUUCAAAUUGUCAAUUGUCAAUUUAUAAUUCUGAAUAGAGGAAUAUGAUGUCUCUUUGCCAAAUAGGUCUCUUAUUUUCCUACCCUGUCUGACUGAGGAAUGUUUUCAUCCAGGGUAAAUUCCAAGAAGAAAAGACCACAAUAUGGAAGCGAAAGCUUUAAAAGGGAGUGAGUGCAACAUUCAUUCUGAAGAAACAAAGAAAAGCAGUACAAAAUUAACAACUCUUAGAGGUGGGAGGCUGUAUUUUCAGGUAGUUUGCUUCUAUGGUACUGUUCUACUAAAUAGCUUUAACACUUUGCUAACAUUAAUUAAACCUCACAAACCCUGUGAGAUAGGUAAUUGCUAUAAUUAAAGUGAUAUUUCAGACUGGUUAAAUGAGACUUAAAAUACCCAAGGUCAGAGUAAGACUGUGAGGCCUAGUUUAGCUUCUCACUCUUACAUUCUUAUGUCAGAUGACUAUCCUAGAAAGGGGCUUGACUGUUUUAUGACUUUUUCUCUCUGUAUGCUUAGAUUAAGAUAUAAUAUGAGUAUACAGAGACAUUAAACUUGGAGUUAUUUAAGGAAGCUUGAAGACGAUGUGAAACAUUGUCUAAAGGAAUGAUCGAUAUUCUAUGAUACUAUGUAUACCAUUUCAAAUUCACUUCAAUUAAUUGCAUUUAUUUUUUAAAAAUUCGAAUGUAAACUCUGGUUUCGCUAAAUCCAAGAUUAAAUGAAGAGACCAGUGCACGUAAAACACUCUCUAUACUACAUACCAACAGGUAAGAGACUGCCAUCACUUCAGAAAGAGAACCGAGCAGACAGACAGAAGGAAGUCUUCUUGUUGCUAUAACUACAGAACAGCAAAGGUCAGCACAGGGUGGGGGUGGGGAUCCUGUCUGGAUUGAACUUUUAGCAAUUCAGUGAUAUUAUCUAGAAUUCUUCCUCUCAAGGAAGGAAAAUGGACUUGUGCUUUUUCUAAAAUAGUUCAUUGAAAAUAAACACUGGACACGCUCGUUUUUAGAAAAGCACAGAGAAUUGUUUUAUUAGAAACGAAGGAUUAAUACUAAACUGUGUACAAACUUGGGUUUUGGCAAAUACUUUAUGAAAAAAUUUCUUUAUUGGAUUUAAAAAUAGGGAGGCCAGGGAAAUAGGUUUAACCAAGUGAACCCGUUAUUUUCUUUACCCUCAACUGUCACCGUCUUCAGCCUUGACUGAGGUCAUCCAAACCAUAGAAGAAACUAUCUUGUCAUUAGAACGGCAUGGUUAGGGCAAUGAAGACAGAUGAACAGGCAGCUUGUAAGUCAAGACUCCUGUGUUAACUUCAAGAAAGCAUCAGCUUAGAAUAUGAAGUCCAGUGUGGAGAUGAUGCUGAUGCUGAUGCUGAUGAUGCUGAUGCUGAUCCUGAUCCUGAUCCUGAUGCUGAUGCUGAUGCUGAUGCUGAUGCUGAUGCUGAUGCUGAUGCUGCCACAUUAAUUAAAGUGGAAGGCAAUGACAAUGUGUAUAGACCUUUGUUUUUUAAGAUCUAGCCUCAUCGAAUGACAACUGUGGAUUCAUAGCACCAAGUAAACUUGGAAGGGUUUCCUUAACACAAACUAUUAAGGAAUGUGAAAUAUUUUUUCCUUCUUAUAUGAUCACUAGAGGGAUAGGUCUUUAGGAUAAGUAGCAGUAUUUGGAUUACAGUUGUUAAUUUUUCUGUCUGAUAAUGGCAAGCUGAACUAUGUUAUGUCUGAGGAAGUGGGUUUGGAUAGAGUACUUAGAGGGACAAAUAGAAGCUGGCAUCGCCUAAAAUUUAUCUCUAAGCCAUUUUAAUUCAGGUUCAUGGCAUUUCCUUUAACGGUACCAUUUCUGCUUUCUUUGUUGUUUAGGAAACCUUUAUUUGAACACCUAGCUCUGUCUAACCUGUCCUUAAAUAUUUAAGGAAGCAUCAAUCGUUCCUAGAUGUUAAACUUCCCAUUAAAUCACUAAGGAACUAUGCCUUACAGUGGUAAUCUCAAAGGGGAGUAAUUAGUAAAAUAGCCCCCAGGAGGAAAAGGAAUCUGGAGGUAAGACACUGAGCUAUGUAUUCUGCUAGUGUUACAAUGGAUGGAGGCUUCCAGAUGUCCUUCACAUGUUUUUGUCUUCUAAGUAACAGAGUUGCAAUCAGUUGGUGGCCACCAGGGAUCUUGGCAGCCAUUUGUGGCAAGUUCCCAGUUCUUGGCAAGUACAUGCUAACUUGGAUACUGUGUUUGACUGGAAGACCGAUCAGCCUUGCUUCCUCUGUGCCCUUCUGCCAGUUGAACACAGGAUAAGUAGUUGAUCCUGAAGUCCCAGGUUAGAAGGAAAUAGGAUCCCUGCAUCCCUCAGAGAUGAGCGACCCUCUGGCCUCGAAUGACCAUCCUUAGGAUGACCAGUGUAUUUCUAUGGUUUCACACUAUGGGAAUAUAGGGAUAAUGACAGUGAUAUUGACCACAGAAGCAUGCUAAAGAUACAAACAGCUUGCAACCAUUUGAAAGUCGUGGUAAGCAUCUAGAAGAGAAAUUCUUAAGUUUUAGUGUUUCAUAGAAUUAGGGAUCUUGUUGAGAACUAACUUGAAAAUUAACACUGGCAAAGAAUUUUCAAAGCUCUGGCAUUUUAUCUUGGGGACAAUAUAAGGCGAAGACUAGUGUAAGAGAUGUCAGACAUACAAGCUUUUAAGAUUAUAUAAAAAAUAAUGAGGCCGGAAAUAGGCAAGGAAAGGAAGUUUACUUUAUUGCAUUUGGGGAAGCCUAUGGUUAAUUUUCUGGUGGAAAGGGCAUGGACUGUUUAUAAUUUUUCCCUGCAUGUUCAGUUGGCAUCAUAUUAGCCAUGGCUCCACAAUCAUAAUUAAAUCUAAGAUUCUAAUGUCUAGAGAGGGUCUACUGAUCAAUUAAUUAUUGAUCAUAAAACUCAGACUGAAGUUAUAACCAUAUGGCACUGGAGAGACACUGGAUUUUGUAAAAUUUGCUCAAUUGGUAGAAUUGUCUAAAAUUUCUUGACUUUCUCUGGAAUUUUUUUCACUUUUAUUUUUUUUUAAAGAAAGAAAAAGAAGUAUGAGAAUAACAUAAGAUACUGCAGAUGCCUGGUACAGAUAGUUCAUCAAUAGUAGUCAUCAACAGUAACAUUAAAGAUUAAACCGAUGCUUUUAAAUAUUUGUAAACUUGGAAGCCAGGUGUGAUAGCACACACUUAUAAUCUUAGAAUUCAUCAGGCAAAGUUCAAGGCUACUCUGAAGUACAUAGCAAGACCCUGUCUCAACAAAACAAACAAGCACUAUUUAUAUAUCCGUAUACUUGAAAAGAUACUUAGGGAUCUUCGUAGAACGUAUUUACACAUUAAAACUGAUUGCAGUCUGCUGAUAGAUUUCAUAUGAUGCUCAGCUCAAAAACAAAAAAGGAAAAGAAAACAAACAUUGAGUGGAAAUUUUCUUUCCUUGCAUAUGCAAGGCAUUCCCAGAAAUGUAGAAAUAACUCAUUAAUUAUCCAAUUAUUUUGCCUGAAAAGACAUAACUAUUUUUUAAACAAACUUAGCCUAUGUCUACAAAAAAGACGAGCAUAUUGCAACUACUUCAGCCACUGCUACCUACCUCUUGAGAGAUCAUCUUGAGUGUGCACACCAACGUUCUUACCAUCUUAUCCGCUAUCCAUAACCUUCACAUCACCAAAUCUUGACAAGGUCAAGAUAAAUCUUUUGAAAAUUCAAAUAUAAAAUAGUUUACGCUGUCUUUUAGUAAUAUGUUCUCAUAAAACAAAUAACCCAUGUUUUUCUUCCCUCUCUGAAACCACGAUACUGCAUUACUCCACAAUAUGGUUUCUGUUACAUUGUGUAACUUGAUUCUACUUUAAAGCUGAGUCUGAUUUCGUUUGCUCUUAGAAGGCUCGUUCAGAGUCAGAUGCUGUAGUGCACAUCUAGAACCCCAGGACAUUGGCGUCUGAGCCAGGAUAACUGCCUAGGAGGGACCCAGGCUAGCCUGGGCUAUAUAGUAAAUUCCAGAAAUUUCUGGGCUACAGUAUGAAACACCUUCUCAAAUCCCAUCCAAGUGGGAAGGGGUUGGGGAGAAAGAGUAAUAUUUAAAAGGACUUAAAAAUUAACAUCCUAUUUCAUACCCGUUUCUGGCAGUCUGCAGCUCAAUAGGUGUACACCAUGUGUCUUGUAUAUCUCGGUUUCUUUGAGACGGUAAGGAAGAGGUUAAUUCAUAGUUGGAUUUCAUGAGUUUUAUUUACAUGCGAUGUGUGUUAAAUACUUAUCUUUCAGUUUGAAGUAUUUUCCCUGGGUGAUGGGAAGUAAAAUGUCCAUCACAUUAAAAUUAGUUAAAAGAGAUCGUUUAGAUAUAAAAGUAAAGUUUGGAGUUAAAAUUAGGGAGGUGGGAUAGAAAUCUGACUCCUUGGAACUACCGGAUAAAAGAGGAAAGGGGGAGGGUGAAGCCAUGUAGGGCAGGAAGACGCGGACACAGUGGGAAUGGCAGGCGGUGUGGGAGACGAGAGAAAGGCAGCCACAGACUGAGACCGGUCAAGCAUCGCAUCAUUUUUGUUUUCUUUAAACAUUCUGGCAUAAUAACAUUUCAGGGAUUCGAACCACCAGAACACCGGUCCCUUUACCCCUUACUUUAGAACGAUAACGAUUCUCUUUUACAGUGUCUUUCCCGGCCCCACCAGGAAGAUCAUUUAAAAGCAGGCGAUGGGGAUGUGAAACUGAGAGCCUUCCUGCACCACACAGGACCUUCCCUCUGUGUCUGGCACGGCUCUUCCCUGCUCAGCCAGGGAACCCAGACAAGUUUAUUUACACACCCCCCCCGCCCAGCGUGCACAAACACACCCGCAGAGAGCGAGGGCGCGAGGGGCGGGAACGCCCUCUCUUCCAUCCCUUCCAAACAAUUAUCUGCCAGAGAGAGAAAAAAAAAAAAAAAAGAAAAUCCUCCGCCGAGCCGGGGGCUGGCGGGGCGGCGGGCGAGCCGGGAAACGUGGCCGCGCCGGCGAGCUGGGGAUUUGUGAAAAGGAGCGCUGGCCCGCGUGCGCCUCUUGUUCCCGGUGUAAUUUGCAGCCAAUCAUCGGGAGGUGUCCGCGCCCUGCGUCCUGCUCACCUCGGCGCCGCGGCCCGCCCCCGCCCCCGGCUCCGCACCGCCUCCCUCGCCUUUCUCCGCGCUCCCCUCCCCCAGCCACCGCACACACGCACACACACAAACAGACGGGGGGGGGGAGGGUGAGAAAGAGAGAGAGAGAGCGAGAGAGAGAGAGACUCCCCGGCUCCCUCCCUCCCUCGCACACAGCGACUGGAGACGGACCGGGAGCAACGCGCUGGGAAGAGCAGAGACCACCGACAACAGCCCCGCGCUCUCCCACACACGCUCACACUCGGCGCUUUCCUCUCCACCCCCACCUCCUCCUCCUUCCACCCCCUCCACUAACACCAUCUCCUCCUCCUCUCUGCAACAAGAAAAAAAAGCCAUUUACAGGGGGUGAUGUGCAACUAAUUAAAGGCAGACUGGCAGCGUCUGCAAAUUCUAAGGCUCCCCAAAUAAAAAGAGACUGUUGUAACAGUUGGAGGAUAAUGCAAAGGAAGACGCUGCCUGGGAAUUCACCGUCUGUGGACAUGCGCCCCAGAGAGGACUAGAGCAGCCCUCACCUUGCUCUCCCCACCCGGAUCCCACUUUCCUGCACGGCUCGGCCCGUACCCCGACCCCACCAUCACCCGCUUCCCUUCCCCCCACCUCUCCCCCUUUCCCACCCAGGUGUCGGACCAGGCGGUCCCCACUUCCACCCUGCACCCCUUCUUCCCCCCCUGCACCAUGAACACCAAUGUCUGCGUGGAGCCGGGGCCGAGCCCGGAGGCCCCGGGCUUGCCCAAGGAGAGCCACCUGCCCGAGGGGGCCCUGAACAGCCUUGUGGAUUACAACUCUGAGAUGGAGCGCUAUCGCUCUUUUGCCACCUCCUUCUACAAGACCAACGGGGGCGCCUUCCCGCAGGCAGCCAAGAUCGCGCGCAUCACCACCCCCAUCUUCCCCAGCAGCGCCGCCGCCGCCGCGGCUGCUGCGCGCAUCGGCAUGUCCCCGUGGAACUGCGACAACGCGGCCACCGCCGCCGCCACCGCGAUGCUCUGGGGCAGCGGGGGCGGCGGCGGAGGCGGUGGGGGCGGGGGUGGGGGCGGCGGAGCCGGCAGGAAAUCCUCCUCGGCCGCCGCCUCCUCCUCCGCCUCCUCCUCGGCGAUCCUCCCCGCCGCCGGCGGUGGCGGUGGCGGCGGCGGCAGUGGCAGCGGCGGCGGCGGCGGCGGUGGCGGCGGCAGGACCAGCAUGCACCACCGGAACGACUCCCAGCGUCUGGGGAAGGCUGGCUGUCCGCCAGAGCCGUCGUUGCAAAUGGCAAAUACUAAUUUCCUCUCCACCUUAUCCCCCGAACACUGCAGACCUUUGGCGGGGGAAUGCAUGAACAAGCUCAAAUGCGGCGCUGCUGAAGCAGAGAUAAUGAAUCUCCCCGAGCGGGUGGGGACUUUUUCCGCUAUCCCGGCUUUAGGGGGCAUCUCAUUACCUCCAGGGGUCAUCGUCAUGACAGCCCUUCACUCCCCCGCAGCAGCCUCAGCAGCCGUCACAGACAGUGCGUUUCAAAUUGCCAAUCUGGCAGACUGCCCGCAGAAUCAUUCCUCCUCCUCCUCGUCCUCCUCGGGGGGAGCUGGCGGAGCCAACCCGGCCAAGAAGAAGAGGAAAAGGUGUGGGGUCUGCGUGCCCUGCAAGAGGCUCAUCAACUGUGGCGUCUGCAGCAGUUGCAGGAACCGCAAAACGGGACACCAGAUCUGCAAAUUUAGAAAAUGUGAAGAGCUAAAGAAAAAACCUGGCACUUCGCUAGAGGUCAGAGGAGAUGAUUUCUUGUUUCCCAGUCUUGCCCCCUCCCUCCUCACCCCCCUGCCCUCUCCCCCACAGGGUUUCUUGUCUGGAUUCAAGACGCAGCAUCCCCUUUUCUGAAGCUUCUUGCAGGCUGAAACAUACUGGCAUGGGUGGUUGGCGGAGGACUUGGCCUCAAUACCACCCUCUCAGCUGCACUUCAGUCGGGACCGCCCUUCGGCUAGAGAGUGCCCCUCCUUUUUUAGUCUCUGGAAAAAAAGGCAAUUGGUCUAAGAACCCGAAGUUUUGCAUCUGAGUAUGCUUAAUAUUUUCCCUGCUGUUUUAAACUGGUCCAUCAGGAAAACAUCCAAACAAAAAGCUCUGCCCCAAAUAUUGAACAUAUUUAUCAUUCAUAUAUAUAUACAUAUAUGUAUGUAUAUAUAUAUAUAUAUAUAUAUAUAUAUAUAUGGACUUAGUAUAGCCCAGACAUAACACUACUCAUGUUGUACACAACUUAAAGUAUACGCAUACAUAUGUAUAUAUACCAUCUUUGUGUGUGUGUGUGUGUGUGUGUGUGUGUGUGUGUGUGCGCGUGCAUGUGUGGGCUGAAUUGCCUGGAUUCCAAAGGGGAUUUUUAUCCUCUUCUAGAAUAAUUUUCUUCUGAGCCUAACAGGAUGUUUUUUGUUUCCUGUCUUUUUUUUUUUUUUUUUUUUUUUGCCUUCCUGAUAAUUUUUGAGCCAGCAGAGAGAGUGUAGGGAGCUGCUAGUCACAUUUUUGAGAUGUGACUUUGAGUAAAAUGAUAAUUAUUUACUAAUGUGACCUAACGGGGAGCUUAUUUUUAAAAUAAUUUACGUAGUUCCAGGAAAACUCGGUUGUUUUGUUGUUGUUUUAGAUUUUACAUCUCCCUUGGGUUCAGCAUCUGACAAAGUAACCAUUUUGUGGUUGCAAAAUUACUCUAAACAUAGGAAGGCUUUGGUCGGUGCCAUAUGUGGUAAAUGAUAGUUUACUUUUCCUAUAGGUCUUUAAAACAGACAUUAUUCACUAAAGUAAUGGUAACAUUAGGCUUUUAAUUGCAUUUUAAAUUAAUAUUGAUACAUGGGACGAACAUUUUAUAUGAUAGCCUAAUCAAAACACAGGAGGAAAAAAUGCAAAAUUACAGGUAUAUUGUUUUGGUGACAUUCAGAAAGGAAGUAUGAACAGGCAAUCACAGUCUCUGAUGAAAUCUAGAGAGAAAGGCUAUCUGGUGAGCUGCUUGUGCAAUGUGAGGCAGGGCAAUGGGUUUACUCUUAGGGAAGGUUCUGUGGACUAGACUGGAUGUUGAGAGUGACUGCCCCAAUCCGUCCUGAGGAAUACUUACUUGCACAUUCUUUUAAAAAAUCAGGAACAUGACCUAGGGAUGCCUUCCUUGGAGCACUGAGAAUUGGAGUUUUAAAGAAUAAACAUAAAAGUUAAAGAUCUUGCUUCUGUUUUGACUACAAAGAAGACGGAUCAUCUUGGUUCAAACCAAGGCCAAGGGACUGGGAUUUCCAAAGUUAGCAGCAUAUGGACUGCAGUUCUGUCACAACAUUGCAUGUAUUCCUCCUCCUAAAGAAACCAGGUCUUCUUGGGAACUGUAAUUGUUUCACAGGGUAUGUCGUUGUUCUUCCUGUGGGAAACUAUGGUCAAGCAAAGGUAACAGCAGCUACAGUGCAGGUUAUGUAUUUCCCGAGAUGGCAAGAAACUAACUUUUGAGCUCUCUGUUGUACUUUCAUUUACUAUAACUUCUUUCGGUUGGAAGACCAUGGGAAAUUUUAGCUUAUGAUGAGGCGGUGGCCUAUGAAUGUCUAGUGAAUAGGACAGUAUGGCUUCUAUUUUCCCUUUGAAGAGUAAUCUGUAGAGUUAUAUUUCUGGCAUUGUAUAUAGUAUAGCAUUGGAAUUGUCAUACCCUAGCUUCAGCUAUAGCAUAGCCACCUGUUCCAUUGCAGGGGACGUAGUGGAGAGGAAAGCUGAAUGACCCUCAUCUAUUUAGUCAGCAACCACUCCAGAGGAGUUUGCUACGAGCUCCAGUAGGCUUUCAGCCAUGUUUCUAGGCUGCUGUGUUCAUUUAAACUGGCUUCGUAUAUUUCUUCUCUGUCUCUCUUUCAGUGGUUUCCCACAAACUUUUCAAAGUUUUUGUUCAUAGUUCCAAGCAUCGUAGAAUCGUUUAUUUUGUCUUUGAAAAUUAGCGUGCACAGAACGUUGUGGCCACGCAGAAGGUGGGGAGUGGGUGAGAGAACGCACAUUUCCCACUGCAGGUGUUUUCCGGAGUGAGGGUUCCUUCUACCUACCAGGGCAUGCGGGACAGUUCAGGGCCAUGAAAUACUACUAGGCAAAACAAAAGGAAAAAAAGGUUUCUAAAUUGUCUGAGUGUCUAUCCAGGUCCUGAAUAGAGUAAUUGCCGUGUGAUUACCUCAAACCCACAUGGAUCCUCAGGCUACACUUGUAGGAAACUUCCAGGGCUUGCAUAUAGGGUAGCAGAUCUUCAAUGAUUGAACCGAAGCUGAAAAAGUUCCCCUGCAGAUCCGCUUUUCUAUCUUUAAUUUGGCCCAUUAUGAUCUCAGGAGAUGUUUUUGAGAGUGGGUAGACUCUUGUCAGGUCUAGGAGUUGGAUUUCAAUCAUAAACUUAGUAGCUGAUACUUGUGGCGCUAACUUUCAGACACAUAAGUGGUUUAUAUCUACACACUACUCACGACUCAUCCUCUUAGCACUCCAAACCCUCCUUCUCUUUGACCUGGUCUUAUCUCAGAGACCAGAGGCACAGUCAGAUUGCUUUUAGGCUGUGGAAAUCAAGAUUAAGGAAGAUUCACAUGGAUGUGUUGGGAUUCUGCCCACAUUCUCUUAAGCCUCCUUUCCUAGCCUUCCUUUAAAUGCGACUUCCCCUGCUUAGUUCCCUGUUAAGAGCAACUUACGUUGUAGCACUCCCUGUUGACGUUCAGUGUGGCAAUACCCAUGGAAUAGUGUGUGCUCUGUGUUCUGUGUGCUGUGUGUUUGCACAUGCCACGGCUCCUUCAUCAAUCACUGUAUUAACAAUAGCCACUAAUUGUUAAAAGCAGUUGAUACAAAUGCAUUGUGUUCCUGCUGGACGAAAUUUACUUUAAGAGUCUAUGUCUUUAAUUAACAUUCAGUUCCUAGAUUUAUUUAAAAUAUGACCAUUUAGGGGAUUAUUAUGAUACUAGGUAAAUACUUAUAUAUGCAACCUUUAUUUUUUUGGCCUGAUACAAAGAUUUCACUUUUUAAAAUAUCACGAUCUAAUGUAACUCAAGGGAUAAAGUCCCAUGGGCAAGCCCAGCCUCUUAGUCCCUGAACAUUGUUCAGGUGACAUGAUUGAUCUCUGUGGGACAGCAUUAGAGACCACACAGAGCUGGUUUCUCUCCCAUUAGUUGAUUUAUGGAAUUACAUUAGUGAAGCUGUACCUCUGGGAGGCUCCCCUGCCUCCCACUCCUGCUCUCUUUCCUGCCACAACUUUAUAGAGAAGAGAUGGGAAAACUGGGGGAAAAAACAGUUAAAAGGGUGGUUAUGUUUUUCUUUCUCUUUUCUCUCACUUAAAAAAUAGGAAGUGUGCCUAUGUACCAGCCCCCCAGCAAUGUUUCUAGAAGCCAGCUCGAGAUUCUGAAGGAUUUGAUGAAAAACAUUCUGAUGUUAUCAAGUGAAACCAGAUAACUUGGUUUAGAAACGUGUUUUAGAAGUGGAGAGAGACACUACGUAUUCAUUUUAAGCUCUGGGGGCCCCAACCAAGGGCAGUUGUGAAAUUCUGGACAAAGCACUGUGUCUGUAACUUGUGCAAAAUGAUGAUGGCUGCCUGCUAAGAAAAUUAAUUUGUAGCCCACAUCUAAAGUAGAUGUGUCACUAUCCAGUUCGUAGCUGCAGAAAACUAGCAAAUGACUGAACACUUCAGAAGGUCUUAAAGUCUACUGGGUUGUUUUAAAAAGUAUAUAUGCAUAGAUAAAAUAUAAUAAAUCUUGCAUAUUUUAAGUUGAAACUUUUUCAGUUUGUCAUUUCAUGUCGUAGUUUCAAAAUGAGUUUUCUGUCUAACAAUUAAGACAUGCUCGCAGGAAGUAUUUUUUAAUUUGUUUACUUCACAACCCAACAUCAGCCCUUCCUCUCCUCCCAGCA